ACAACAGCUUGGUGCACCAAGUUUUCUAAUUUCGCAAUUGCUGCGCCCAUGUUGGCCUCUACACAGUCCGCAGGGCGUGGGACUGCCAUGAGGCGAUGGAGAAGAGCUUCUCAUUCGGGACACUGCAUGCUCCUACUCUUGAAUUGUGAAGAAUGAACUCUCCAAGUUCGCUGCUGUACAUUGCAACAGAAGGUGUUUACAAACUUUGACAGACCAAGGUUCCUUCUUGUGGGAAUCGUUGCCAUUGCCUUGAGGAGUUCCCCGGGGUUGAAGCUGAUGGGCGAGCAAGGAAGUUUUAAUGCCUUGGACGCUUUUGUGCCAAGCCACAAAGCUCUGCGUCUUUCUGCGACGCCCAUGUCAAACUUGAGAGGUCGGUCGAAAGUCGAGGCUGGAGACCAGGAGAGCACAGCAGUAUUGGAAAGACCAGUAAAGAUAAAUGGUCAUCAAUCCCAAAGCAGAAAUGCUACUGAAGAUGCGGCUGAACAGGUCCCCACAAGUUUCGACCUCGAGCCAGAGCAGACAAACUCUCCAAUUCAGAGCCUUUUGCCUUUGUUGGCAGCACUUCUGGUUGGUCUCGCAGCUGGCUCUGGACUGCGAGCUCCUACAGCCGACAGUCCCACUGAGGCUGUCAAGGACGUGCAGCUGAGUACAACAAUCUCAAGCUUGCCUAAUGCUGAAACCUUGCCCAAGCCAACUCUGGUCAUGCAGAAGGCCACAGGAAAGAUGCAAGAUGUGGCUGACAAGGUUGACAAAGCUCUGGAGAGAAGUCUGGAGAGACUCUCAGAGGUAGAGUCCAAGGAAGAGCAAGUCAUCAGGUACGAUGACAAAUUGGCCAAGAUGUACACUGGCCUCAUGGAAUCAGCUCGAGGCACAGGUGCAAAGCUGCAGGAUGUGGUCAAAACUCUGGCUCCGUCAUCAGAAAAGGGAGCUCCCAGCCGUGUGUCUGUGUCUGUGGUGAAGAAGAUUCGAGACAUAGGUGAUAUGCUUGAUGAAGCUCAAGCAGAUGUGUACAAGGAGGAGUGGAUGUCCCUCAAGGUAUACCCUUCAAUUCUUCGAGCGUUUCUUCCGCUGAUGGAAUACUAUGAGAAAGAAGCCUUCAAUGACGGCAAUGGCGACAAGUACGUAAAUGCAGCAACCCGCGAUAGCUUAACUUUCUAUCGCCUGCAGAUGGCUGUCAACAUUGAUCGGCUUGAAAAGGCAAUAGAGAACCAGAAAGUCCGCGAAGUGGAAGAGGCCUUUGCAAAGACAUCCCUGUCCUAUGACAGAUUCCUGAAAGCUGGUGAUUUGUAUCAAGGAUAUGACCCUGUGACUUCUACGACCGUUUUCUUCAAGAAUAUCAGCGAUGACCAGCUGCGGUACACACCUCUUGCGCUGCAGCAGCCACAGAUUCGAGAUGAGGUGCUUGUGCUGCAAGGUCCAGACAAGGGAAAGGUUGGGCGCAUCAUUUGGCUAGGCCGCGAAAAUGGCGACGACCUGGACAGCAAGGUUCUUUCAGCUGUGGUGAAGUUGGAACCAAACCCCGUGCUUGGCGUCUCGAAGAGUGGUGGAGUACGAGAGGUCAAAGCAUAUCCGUACUCCUGGCUGGUGAUGACUCGUGGCAGUGAUGAGAGCUAUGUUCAAGAUCUGGUCCUCGCAACUGUCGCAGCGAUUGUCUCUUGCUCCCUCACCUAUCCUUUGGAGACACUCAAGGCAAGGGCUCAAUCAAAUCUGCCACUCUUGCCUCCAGAAGGUCCUCAAGCGCUUUUCCGGGGCUUGACGCUGAAUGUUCUGCGAGAGGCGCCAAAUCAAGGAUUCCUCAUGGCAGGCUUUAACUACUUCACGAGAUUUGCAGUUAGCCUACCCUUCAUCAAUGGAAACGACCCCAACCUCAAGUUUUUGCUGAUGAUCCCUUCAGGCAUUUUGGCGAUGUGUUCGGGUGCCUUUGUCAAAGCUCCCGUGAUAGACAUUAGCAAGCAAGUUCAAGCUGGACUUGCUCAAAACGCUGGCGAGGCUUUGGAGAAUGUGUAUUUGAAACCGAGUCCUUCGCAGGUCACGAAGCGCUUAGGGCGCAACUUGAUGCUGACAGUCAUCCGAGGAGUGCCCUUCGGAGCUUUCCAGUGCUUCAUCUAUGAGAUAUUGAAGGAUAAGACACCACCCUUGCUGGAAAGCCUGGGGGUGCCUAUUUGGUUUGAACCCUUCAUUUGGGGCGGAGUGGCUGGCUUUUGUACUGGCUACUUGACAAACCCGCCGGACGUUGUGAUGCAGCGGUUGGCUUUGGAAUCAAAUGAUACGGAGGAUGACAAGCCCUUCAGCAUUGAGGGAACCUGGGAAGAGAUUGUGCAAGCCACGAAAAAGGUUCUUGAUGAUGAGGGUCUUGCUGGCUUUGGCAAAGGUGCUUUUGAGAAUGCCGUAUAUUUUCUUCCAGAAGCAAUGGUAUGGUUUGGUGUCUACGAAGCAUUGAAGGGUCUCUCGAACAGUGUCCUGCAGGCAAUUUGAUUUAUCUUACUUUCAGUUGUCAUUGCGAGCCUCUGACUGCCCAGCUUCUUACCACAGAUAAGCCAGCUGGCUGAUGUCGCGCGAGAUUUACAUGUUUGCACCCGUAGCAAGUACUCGGGCACAAGGAUUUCUUUGCCCGUGCGAAGCUUGAAAUGAGCUAUCUUUCAAUUGUUAAUGUUUGGUUCUUAUGAACUGAGCAGCUUUUAACGUCUUUUCUCUCACCGCAGAUGGCCACCUGAAGUGCACGCACAGACGCAACCAAGAAUCGGAG